AUGACUAACCAUCCUCGCGGGCCUUCACUCCUUCAGGCCCGCGAUUCCUAUUCUGUCGAUCCUUCGCCAUCCUUUGCCUCGGAUUCCCACACUCGCUUCGCUGUCCAUUUACAGAAUCAUCGCCACGCUCAUUACCCGCAUGCGCAUCACCAUACCCGCCAACAAGACGCCAGCAACAACGAUCACGGUGACACAGAGGACCAACAACCCCCUUUGCCUGCCGCUGAAUUGCCGCCACUGGAACCCGCCGUCGCCCAGUUCCAUCUAGAUGACGGCGCAGCCAGCGAUACUCUGUCGCUGGAAGCCCGUUCUCUUGCCGCCGCCGUGGACGCCGCUCUUGCCGUCCGCGCCCAAGAUGACGCACCCUAUGUCACCCAGGUCGUUCAAACUAUUUCUAUAGUACAAGUGGUCGACGCCUCUGGCUCACCUAUUUCGUCCUCUACCGAAUAUGCCACCCCAAACACCGUCGUUGUUGACCGCAGCACGGGCGAGACCAUGUCACAGUCUAGUCCUGCCUUUAGCAUUGCCAUAAACCCGAGCAGCCUCCUCCCGGGCCUGGGAAGCGGCUCAUCAUCCACGCCAUCGACUACAAGCUCGACUUAUCACACGACCUCCACCUCAUCGCAGCCUGCUUCGGCUCCUAGUCCUUCCUCGUCCGUCUCUAGCUUUCCCACCUUGUCAGACACGAGCAACGGAACCACCUGGGGCAAUACUACUAUGAUCAUCACCCCAACUAAUUCGACGGCCAGACCGGUAUCGUUGACCCAAUCUCCCAAGUACAAUAUUUCUACGACGCCAUCCGACUUUCGCAUUUUUACAUCCUCGAGCUCGAGCGACACUGACACCACAUCUUCGUCAUCGUAUUCAUCUACCAGGAGCUCAACCCCAACCUGGAACUCUCCAACAACUAUUCCCACGGUCGCGGGCAGCGCUGAGACUACUUCCGCGUCUACUUCGGGCGGCGAUACCCUAACGACGCAGCAAAAGCAAAUUGUCGGCGGAGUAGUGGGCAGCGUCGCAGGUGUGGCCUUCCUUGCCUUGCUCGUCAUGCUUGCCCUGCGUUACAAGAAGAAGCAGGGCAGCGAAUCUCUUCCCAGCAGUACGGAAACUCAAGGGAUCCCUGCUCUGCGCGCCCCGGGCAAUGCAUCGGCCAACCCGAUGGCCGAGCGAAACGCAGCCGCUUCUUCCAUCAAUGCAACCUUUGCAGCAAUGACUGGCAAGCGUCAAUUGAGGGGCAACGCCGCUGCUGCCUCGGAUACGCCAGAAGUGCCCUCUGGUGGUGAACGGGGCUUCUAUCGCGUCUCGGGUCGCAAGCUGCCGUCUGUUCUCCACACCGGCGGCGACGGAUACACAGACCCGCGCCAAAGUACCAUGAGCCAAUAUUCUCAAUCGUCAGAACCAUUCAACCGCGGCGACGAACCUUUCGCACUUGGCAGUCCCAUGCGACCUGUGAGCGGCGUGCCAAUUAUGCGAUCAGGACCCGCGCGCACCCCGGUGACGGAAGCCAACCCGUUUGCCGACCCGAUGCCAUCGCCGCCACCGCCAAACAAUGCCUCGCCACCUAGGCGGCCCGGAUCCAGUGGCAGCGCGCGAGGAUCGAGCUCACGGUUUCAGGAGAGCAUAUGA